AUGUUCAUUUUUGUUGCCCAACUUACCGCCGAGCUGGGCAGGAGGAGACGAGCGGCUUGGGGAGCGUACAAGAGCGUCGAGGAUGUAGUGAAGAAGACCAGGAACACCCGGCUCCGUGCUCACCUCUUCAACACCACCGUACUUCCUGCUUUGACCUAUGCUUCGGAAAGCUGGGCAUUUCGCAAGCAGGAAGAAAACGCGGUCAGCGUCAUUGAACGCGCAAUUGAGAGAGUGAUGCUAGGCGUAUUCCGUUUCACGCAAGUGAGGGACGGGAUUCGAAGUCCUCUCCUACGUCAGCGAUCGAAGAUUGGAGACGCCGCUGCGUUUGCCAGGGAAAGUAAAAUAAGGUGGGCCGGACACGUGAUGCGCUUUUAUGACAACCGUUGGACCAGAGUCGUGAGCGACUGGGUUCCCCGCGAUAUUAAGCGCACUACAGGAAGACCGCCGACCCGAUUGUCAGAUUUCUUCACGAAGUCCUUGAAAGAAAAAUAUGAUGCUCUUCGUGUCCCACGCGAAAGGAGGAACCACUGGGCUACUCUGGCACGCGAUCGGGACAAAUGGAAGAAUUACUGGCGCCCGCUCGACCAGUUCGAAGACCAAUGGGAACGAAGUAGCUCCAAUUAUGUGGAAUUUGGAGAGAAGGACGAAAAACAAAGAGAAGGAAAAGAGCGUACCGGUGCCGUUGUCUCAUCAUCGAUCGUUGUGCCAUUGACUGAUGUAUACAAGGAGAGUAUUGUGUAA